CAUUGGGAAUACAGAAUCGAGUCUAACGUCACCGUAAUCUUCGCAGCUGCAGCGGAGAGGGCCUAAGCCCGAGCCAGGCAGUAAGGCAGGGACCCAUUCAUCCUUGCGGGCGGGGCAGAUCGGCCGCCCUGCAACAACGAAUGGCGUCAACCGUUGGUCUCCCGCGGCCCUGCGCUUAAUUCCAACCUCUCGUGGGGUCGCCGUUCUGCACCGUUGACCGUUGACCAGUAUUCUUAUCUAUUGUCGAUUUCCGUAUCCUGAGUUACCUUGUGACAACCUCUUCCUCUCCCCCCUCUGCAGCCCUUCCCCGGCACCAUCCCUUCCGUCCCGUGUCCGUGAGAAUGGCGCAUUUUCUGCGGGGAAAGCAGGCCGGCAUCCAGAAGGACUUCUCCGAGAACCUGUCGCCGGACUUGUUCGCCCUCGAUGAUUUCGCUCGAUGUGGUAUAAACUCCCGGAUCAGUGCGAUCGCGUACGAUCCCGUCCAGUCGCUCCUCGCUGUCGGAACCAGCGACACGCAGUUCGGUCACGGUCAGAUCUACGUUUUCGGUCAACGACGAGUGUCGGUGGUCUUCUCGCUGCCUCGCAAGGCGUCCGCCAAGUUCAUUCAGUUCUGCGCAGACAAGCUGGUCAGCGUCGACUCGAAAAGCGAAAUCAGCAUUUUCUCCCUCGAGACUAGACAGACUCUCGUCUCUUACGCCCCUCCGAGCCAUGCCAGCGCCUUACUGACGGAUCCGAGUCUCGAUUAUGCUUUCAUUGGUCUACAGAAUGGCGACAUCAUUGCCUACGAUCUUGACCGUGAGACCCUGACCCCGUUCCGAGUGCCCAACCUGUGGGCUCAGCGCAAUCCCCGUGUUCGCCUUUGUCCGGUCCUCAGUCUCAGUUUCUCGCCCCGCGAUAUUGGAAAAAUAUUGGUUGGAUAUCCGGAAGGUGCUGUGACAUUCUCAUUCAAACAGAACGUCGCACAGAAAUAUUUCGAAUAUGAAGUCCCUCCGGGUGCACUGGGUGGAAAUGGUGACGUCCCGUCUCCAGACUUGCGAAAGCCUCGACUGACCAGGGCUCUGUGGCACCCAAACGGUAUCUUCGUUUUGACGGUGCAUGAUGACAACAGCCUGGUGUUCUGGGACUCUAAGGAUGGCCGCAAGAUAAUGGCGAGAUCGAUUGAGAAUCCCAACAUUGACCAGCCAGGCGUAGGCCCCGAACGACCUCUUUCGGCUGGCACAACCGGGCUCAAGGACCCGAUCACUCAGGUUGCAUGGUGUGUUAAGGACAACGGGGAUGACAGUGGACUCCUGAUCGCUGGUGGCCGACCUAAGGCUGAAGCCAACAAAGGACUAACUUUCAUCGACCUGGGCCCGUCACCCAACUAUCAAACUUCUUCAUGGGCUAUCAUCGCAAAACACUUCGAGACCCCCAAGCGCAGUGCACUCCUACCUACUCCUCCGGGCGCAGAGGUAGCCGACUUCUGUCUUAUUCCGCGCAGCACCCCUUACUAUGCCGGUGGCCAUGAUCCUAUCGCAUUGAUCACCCUUUUGUCCUCAGGAGAAGUGAUUACGAUGAGCUUCCCCAGUGGCCAUCCGAUUACCCCUACCAACAUGGUCCACCCUCACCUCAGUUUUGUGCACCCGUUCGUGACCAAAGCUACUCUUACUCCAGUGGACCGCUCUGCCUGGUUGGGCCUGAAGGAAAAGAGGUCACAGGGGCCCAAAUUCUUGCUCGGAGGAGCAGAGUCGAAGAAAGCCCUGAAGCGUUUUGAAGAUCGCAAUGUCCUUACAACAUCUCAUGCCGACGGAACUCUUCGCAUCUGGGACGUCGGCAACGACGACGAGAUCGAGAACGGAGACGUCAUCCAGGUGGAUUUGGCCCGCGCUGUUGGCCGUGUUGGCAAUGUUGAGGUGACUGAGAUGUCCUUGGGAGGCUCAACCGGGGAGCUUUCAGUCGGUCUCAGGACCGGUGAACUUGUCGUCUUCCGAUGGGGAAGCAACCAGAACUUUGGCCGUGAGGAGCCUCCGGGUGCCAAUGAGGGGCCUGGAACCUUGACCAAGAUCACUCACCGGGUCGACCCUGGGCUGAAACAGGGUAUUCUUCCGCUGACACUUUUGAACAUGCAACAGGGCCCGGUGACUGCCCUCAAACACAGCCAAGUGGGCUUUGUUGCAGUUGGAUUCGAAGGUGGCAGUCUAGCGAUCAUUGACUUGCGUGGGCCGGCCGUUAUUCACACCGCACACUUUGCAGAAUUGUUCAAGGUAAACAAGCGGAGCAGCAUCUUCACUAAGCGCAGCUCCGAGAGCCCUGCGCCUGAAUGGCCCACCGCCAUUGAAUUUGGUGUGCUGACCCUAGAAGGCGAAGAUUAUUCCAGUAUCUGCUGCUUUGUGGGUACUAACAGAGGUAACCUGGCAACCUUCAAGAUUUUGCCGGCGGAAAAUGGAAGGUACAUGGCGACGUUUGUCGGAACAAGCUUGCUGGAUGACAAGGUCAUCAAUAUCAUCCCCAUCAACGCAGACGACGGCGGCCUCGCGUUGGCCACACCCAAAGCUGUCGGAGGCCUUAGAAACGGAGCCCGCGUGAACGGUGUGGUCAUUGCUGUGACCGUUUCCGGAUGCCGAAUCUUCAAGCCGGCAACUUCCAAGGGGGCUCAUAGAUCCUGGGAUGACUACUUGUGCGAUUCGGCAGCGGUUGUUAAGACCGAAGCCCGCGGCUACAGUAUUGUCGGACUCUUCGGAGACGGUCACACUCGAGCUUUCUCGAUCCCUGGUCUGAAAGAAAUCGGGUCCAGUCCAAUCAAUCAGAUUGCUGAUAUGAGACGCCUUUCGGACGCUACGAUCUCCUCCAAUGGCACCGUUCUGGUCUGGACAAGUCCUUCUGAAGUAGGAUUGUUCAGUGUCUGGGGAGGCGGACAUGGGCUCCGACCUUCUGAAGACCAGCUCUACAACCCGCAAGCCGUCAUUCCCCCACGGCCCACGAUCACCAACAUCCAGUGGAUUUCGGGCACUCAAUACAUCUCUCCGGCUGAUAUGGACAUUCUGAUCGGAGGCCCUGAUCGGCCGCCAUCGAAGCGGAUGCAGGAGCAGAUGCGGUUGGACGAAGAAGAGCGGCGGAAGGCUUUCCGGGAAGGCCGAACUCCGACUAAUCAGUCCUCGAGCAGUAACCAGGAAGGAUACUGGUCUUACAUGCAACGUCAAGUGAACGAACGCACCGAAAGACUCAACUUUGCGGGAGACAACAUGGAGCGGCUGGAGGAGAGCAGUAGCAAUUUCGCCCGCGACGUGAACAAGUUUGUUCAGAACCAGAAAAAGAAAGCAGUUCUUGGUGUGCUCGGCUCGAAGUUUGGCCUCUAAGAUGCGAUGCUUACUAUCGUCGGACUUGAUGCAGCGAUGAGCCUUAUGAUACAACAUUAGAACCAUUAUUUCAUACAUACCCAUAGUCUGUUGGCGUUAUAAUCCUUCUUCUUUCUUCUAAAUAGGCAUGAGUCGGAAUUCAAGGUGUCUAUCUAACCAACAUAUAAUCAUCUUCGGUCCUUUGCCCAUGAACCAAAUAAUCACUCUGUUUUACCUGCACCUACCCACCAUAUAUCUUACUGCCUAUCUAGUCCCUA